AUGAGAGUUCUGUGCGUUGCCGAAAAGCCCUCAAUUGCCAAAUCAAUAACACAGAUUCUAUCUGGUGGCCAAUUUGCGACGCACAACACACAGUCCAAUUUCAUCAAGAACUAUGAAUUCGACUACCCGCAGACUCGUUCAUUCUACAUCGUCACUUGUGUGUCCGGACACUUGACCUCUCAGGAUUUUUACGACACACAUCGAAAGUGGAACUCAUGCGACGCCUUUGACCUCUUCGACGCACCCAUAGAGACUUCCAUAGCACCCGACAAGAAAGCCAUCGAACGGAAUCUCCUCACUCAAGCUCGGCGUUCGGACAUGCUGAUGAUAUGGACGGAUUGUGAUCGAGAAGGCGAACAUAUUGGGCUGGAGAUUGCACGGGUGUGUCGGCAGGCAAAGCCUAAUAUUCAGGUCAAGCGGGCUAGAUUCAGUGCCAUCAUAGCCCAGCAAAUCCAUAAUGCUGCCCAACAUCCCUUUGAAUUGGAUAGACGGCAGGCAGACGCCGUUGAGGCUCGAAUAUUUUUGGAUUUGAAGGUCGGAGCUGCAUUUACAAGACUACAAACGCUCAUACUUCAAGGGCGCGUAAGGCAAAUUGCGGACGAAAAGAGUGUGAUCUCUUAUGGCCCUUGUCAAUUCCCAACCCUCGGUUUUGUUGUGCAACGAUAUAACCAUGUCAAGAAUUUCCGCCCCGAAAAAUUCUGGUACAUCUACCUUUCUAUAACUCGCCAAACACCCUCACAAGGGAACGAAGAGACAAAGUUCAACUGGAAGCGACACCACAUGUUCGACCAGGCCGCAGUUAUGAACAUCUACUCGUUUAUGAUGGAGAACCCUCUGGCUAUUGUCACCAAAGUUACUAAUAAGACUACGAAGAAAUGGAAACCGCUUCCGCUGACCACGGUUGAACUCCAGAAAGCGGCAUCAAGACUACUGCGUCUCGCACCAAAGAAAGCACUGGAUGUUGCCGAACGAUUGUACCAACAAGGAUACGUCUCUUAUCCACGUACGGAAACUGACCAAUUCGACCCUCAAUUCGAUCAUAUGGCUCUCAUUGCGAAGCAAACUGCCGACCCUGUAUGGGGUGGCUUCGCGGACUCGUUACAGAACGGAGGUUAUAACGUUCCUCGGAAAGGCAAGAACAAUGACAAGGCCCAUCCGCCCAUCCACCCAACGGCACACGCUAAUGGGCUGGCUGGCGACGAGAAGAAGGUGUACGAGUACAUCACUCGCCGCUAUCUCGCCUGCUGCUCGAAAGAUGCAGAAGGUUGGCAAACGACCGUCGAUGUUCUAUGCGGUGGCGAAGAGUUUUCAGCGACAGGUCUUGUUGUUAAGCAGAAGAACUAUCUGGAAGUGUACGUGUACGAGAAAUGGACUGGCCAUCAUGUCCCCGACUUCCAGGAAGGUGAGGAGUUCGAGCCGACAACCUGUGAAAUCCGGGAAGGCGAGACAUCGAAGCCGAACUACCUGACCGAGGCCGACCUCGUAACCCUCAUGGACAAGAAUGGCAUCGGCACAGACGCUACCAUUGCUCAACACAUCCAGACCAUCAUCGAUCGCUCCUACGUGAUUGAACGAAUGGAAGGAGCCACGAAGUAUCUGGUCCCAUCUACACUCGGCAUCGGCCUGAUAGAGGGCUACAACCAAAUUGGCCUCGCCAAGAGCGUCAGCAGGCCCCAGCUGCGUCGAGAGACGGAGCGACGGAUGGUGCGCGUGUGCGAGGGCACGACGACGAAGAACGACAUGCUCACGCACAGUCUGAACCAAUAUAAGGACAUGUUCAUCGUCGUUCGGCGGGAGUUUGAAAAGGUUACAACGUCUGUUCAACGCUUCCUGUCCGGUGAAGCUCAGAAUGCACAAGGUGGCAAUGGUGGUAACGGUGGUGGUGGUGGAGGAGGUGGAGGAGGAGGAAAUGGCGGUGGUGGUAAUAGGGGUCAAGGAGAUGGCGAUGAUGGGGGUGCGAGAGGAAGAGGCAGGGGAAGAGGAACUACUCGAGCACGUGCGACCUCGAGAGCCAGAGGCGGACGCGGGGAUGCACCUUCAGGACGCGGUCGAGGCCGAGGAGCAAUAGCACCCUCAGCAUCCAUAAUAAGCAUCCGUGAUUCCGACGAUGAGGCCGACAUGGGCGCUUCGACGAAGGUGGCGUCUUCAUCCCGUCCAACGCCAUCUUCCUCAACGGCUGGCCCUUCGUCCGUCAGUCGUCCGUCAGCAUCAGCAUCAGCUUCGUCAUCUUCAAGUACAUUAGCAUCUACCUCUCAAGUUACUGCUCCCAUCCACCUAUCCUCAACGUGGCAAACCAAAGUUGCCCCUAUUGCAUCCACAUCUUCAGCCCACUCCAACCCUACAGCAUCAUCAUCUACAGCCGCCUACGCAUCUUCGUCUUCUGUCAACGACCCACAAUGCAGUUGUGGUGUAGCAGCCGUGCAGAGGACGGUUACGAAAGAGUCGGUGACUAAGGGGAAACAGUUUUGGACGUGUCCAAAAGGUCGCGAUACGUCUUGUGGGUUCUUCAAAUGGGUCGAAGAUACGAUUUCUGUUGCGUCCACGUCGGCUGCUGCAAGUGUACCCGCCAAGCGGCCCUAUUCAUCCACACGAGACACAUCCUCAAACACCACCACCGAGGUCAGGAAGUGCAAAUGCAGUCAAGACGCGGUCAUGCGGACUGUUACUAGGGAAAGCGAAAAUAAAGGGCGACAAUUUUGGAAGUGUGAAAAAUCAGAGACGGAAGCCUGUGGAUUCUUCGAGUGGGCAGACGAACCCCCACGAAAUUCCACGUUUGGCCGUGGUGCCGGUGCCGGUGGCGGCUUGGGAUCGAGGUCGACGUCUUCGAACACGGCGUCUGGAGGAGGGUCUUUGGGUACCUGCUUCAAGUGCGAUCAGGAAGGACAUUGGGCGAGUUCAUGUCCUAACGACGACAAUUCGAGUAACAAGCGGACGAGGAGCUUUGGAACAAAUGCAAAUAACACCGCAGCUGCUGGUGCAACCUGUUUUAAGUGUCAACAAGUGGGGCAUUUUAGCUCAUCCUGUCCUAACGGUGGCUCCUCGAAUUACGGUAAAUCUCAGCCUGGCUCAAGUACAGCCAGCAUCACAUGCUUCAAAUGCCAACAACCGGGGCAUUAUAGUUCAUCAUGUCCUAAAGAUGCUUCAACCAACCGAUCCGGGUCGACAUCGAAUACCUACAGUAGGACAGGGUCGAAUAGUAACUCAGCAACUUCGAACGAGUGCUUCAAGUGUGGAAAAAGUGGGCAUUGGAGUUCUAAAUGUCCCAGCGACGGGGCAUCCGGGCGUUCGUCAGCAUCUUCAAAAAGAGGCAGAGGAGGGACUGCCAAGGGCAAGCGAGGACGAGGUGGGAAAAAGAAAUCGGCAUUUGCGGCCGCGGAUGAGUGGUAG